GCGGUCACAGGGCUCCGCACGUCGCUCCCGUCCACCCACUCGCCCGCAUUUAACCCGGCCCGCGGCCGCCCCGCCGCUCCUCAGCCCGCGCGUUGCGGGCGCGGCAUGAGCAGGAGCAGGAGCAGGAGCAGCGGCGCCGGCAUCGCCCGCAGCCCCUGAGCGUGCCCCGCACCGCCCGCGCCCCCGCCAUGGAGCGCAUCCCCAGCGCGCAGCCCCCGCCCGCCUGCCUGGGCAAACUGCCCGCCCUGGACGGCGCGGACCUGCCGGGGCUGGACUUCGCGCACAUGUACCAGGUGUACAAGCCCCGGAGGGGGCUGAAGAGGAGCGAGGACAACAAGGAGACCUACAAGCUGCCGCACCGGCUGAUCGAGAAGAAGAGGCGCGACAGGAUCAACGAGUGCAUCGCGCAGCUGAAGGACCUGCUGCCCGAGCACCUCAAGCUCACGACCUUAGGUCACCUGGAGAAGGCUGUGGUGCUGGAGCUCACCUUGAAGCACGUGAAGGCACUGACCAAUCUCAUCGAGCAGCAGCAGCAGAAGAUCAUCGCUCUGCAGAACGGUUUGCAGGCAGGUGACCUGUCAUCGAGAAACCUUGAUUCCAGCCAGGAAAUGUUUCGAUCGGGUUUCCAGAUGUGUGCCAAGGAAAUGCUGCAAUACCUGGCGAAGCACGAGAACGGCAAGGAGCUGAAGUCGUCGCAGCUGGUCAGCCACCUGCACCGCAUGGCCAGCGAGGUGCUGCAGGGCGGGGCCGCCCGCAAGGCCGGGGACAUCCCCCCCAAAAUGGUGGACCUGAAGGAGAAGCCCGUGCCCUUGAGCACGGCGGGCGAGGGCCACGGGAAGAACUGCGUGCCCGUGAUCCAGCGGACAUUCGCUCACUCCAGCGGGGAGCAGAGCGGCAGCGACACGGACACGGACAGCGGGUACGGGGGGGAGCUGGAGAAAAGUGACUCCAAACCCGAGCAGCCCUAUUUCAAAAAGGAUACCGACCUCAAGUACGCCGUGCAGGAGAGAAUAAGCUCUAUUAAGCAAGAGACUGAGGACCCGCCGGCCAAAAGGAGCAGGCUGGAGUCGCCGGAGGACGAGGGCCCUUUUGGCAGCGACAUGAUGGGCUCUUCCAGCAGCUUCCUGGGCCCCCACGCUCACCAGCCUCCCCUGUGCCUGCCUUUCUACCUGAUCCCGCCGUCCGCCACCGCCUACCUGCCCAUGCUGGAGAAGUGCUGGUACCCGGCCUCGGUGCCCGUGCUGUACCCCAGCCUCCCGGCCUCUGCCGCAGCACUCACGGGCUUCAUGAGCCCCGACAAAAUCUCCCCCCCUCUGCUGAUGCCCCAGAGACUCCCUUCUCCUGUCCCGGCCCAUUCCCCCAUCGACUCCUCAGCUCUGCUGCAAGCUUUGAAGCAGAUUCCUCCUUUGAACUUGGAAACCAAAGACUAAGCACAGUGUGACUGGUUUUUUUUCUUUUUUCUUUUUUUUUUUUUUUUUUU